UAAUAUAUUGCGUAAUAAUGUUUUUAAUCUUAAAGAAACAUGAGCUAUAGCGAAUUAAAAGGAAUGUCAAAACAAUGAAGCUACAUGCUGUAAUCACAAACACCUUGAAGUUAUGUAUUGUAGCUCACCAAAUGCAUAAUUCCUUGCAUAACCUGUGGCAGGUAUGUGUGUUGAAGUGUCCAACAGCAGCUCUAGUUCUACUCACAAGUAGUUGCUAUCUUAUGAAUUAGAAUGGACUUCUGCCACAGUGAUUUGAAGUAAAGCAUUUUAAAAUAUGUAAGGCUGAGAAUUUCCUUACACAUUAAACAAUGUAUGUUCAACAAAUGGGGCCAAACAAAUGAGAAUGAAUGAAGCCAAUAGCCAUGUAUACCAAUAGCCAUUAGAAAGCUCAACAGGUUGGCUUCAAUGCUGUUAUACAGAAGCCAUGUGUAGCCUGUGUGGGCUGCUCUAAGCUUGAGCUCUCUUAUCCUGAUGCUUAGAUAUUUGAAUACAUUGCUCAUGCACUUUUGCAGGGUGACUUCAGAUAGGUGCUUUUGCUUUCACAUUCAGCAGCAGAAUUAGCUGGACAGAGUGAGGAAACGCAGCUAGCUCAGGGUGUGUUUCUGUUACAGUGUUCCACCCAAGAGUCGAACCCAUGCCCCUUCGGUGCUCUGACCACGACAGCACGUGCUGUGCUUGAGCGCCUCCUUGAGCACACUGGAGACAUGAAUUCAAGUGUGUCUGUUAAUGUGUUCUAAUGACCGAGGAGCCCUUGUCAGAGUGUGUGCUUUCCCUUGGCAGUAUCAGCAGAUACUACUGAAUCAGCUGAGGGACCUCACUGGCACCACAGACAUACAGCUCCUGAACCAGGCCCUGCAGUUCAGCAAUGGAGAGCUGGCCAAGGCUGUUGCCUUCCUCACAGCGAGCAACGCCAAAGGCCCCCAGCAUAGCGAGGCCGUGUAUCACGUGACAGCACACUUUGAAAACAACAGUGCCGUCGCUGCGGGCAACCAGGAGGACACAGGUGAUGAAAAGGAUGACCUUCAGAGGGCUAUUGCGCUGAGCCUGGAAGAGUCCAGCAAGGCGGUCAGGGUGACGGGCAUCACCGACGAGGAGCAGGACAUCAGCAGGGUCCUUGAGGUUAGCUUGGCAGAGAGCAAGGCCAGACAAGGGCAAACGCACACAGAGGCAUGGAUGGACUCGCCAAAUCCCCAUGAGAGGAAGCGGCUGGACACCUGUCCAGUUGGGCUGAAGAACGUGGGCAACACUUGCUGGUUCAGUGCAGUCAUCCAGUCUCUGUUCAACCUGCUGGAGUUUCAGAGGCUGGUACUACACUACUGUGCACCAAAACGCAUCGAGGACCUGCCCCAUAAUCACAAGGAGCGGAGGAUCCUGCUAUUCAUGCAGGAGCUGCGGCGUCUCUUCGCCCUGAUGCUCGGGUCCAAGUGGAGCUACGUGGACCCCUCUCGAGCCGUGGACAUUCUGAAAGAUGACUUCCAGUCCAGCGACUCCCAGCAGCAGCAGGACGUGAGCGAGUUUACACACAAGCUGCUGGACUGGCUGGAGGAUGCCUUCCAAAUGAAGGUGGAGGAGGAGAGUGAAGGAGAGAGACAGAGGAACCCAAUGGUGGAGCUGUUCUAUGGACACUAUUUGGCAGAGGGCGUCCUUGAAGGAAAGAAGUUUGAGAACACAGAGAUGUUUGGGCAGUUCCCUCUGCAGGUGAAUGGCUUCAAAGACCUGCACGAGUGUCUGGAGGCAGCCAUGACGGAGCGCGAGAUCGAGGUCUUGCACGCAGGGAACUCGUCAAAGUCUGGGCAGGAGCAUUGGUUCACUGAACUCCCACCCGUGUUGACCUUUGAACUCUCCAGGUUUGAGUUCAAUCAGGCGCUGGGUCGACCGGAGAAGAUCCACAGCAGGCUGGAGUUUCCCUUGGUGCUCUACAUGGACAGGUAUGUGUACAGGAACAGAGAUGUCUCCAGAAUCAAGAGAGAAGAAAUGCGGAGCCUUAGAGAGCACCUGACGUCACUGCAGCAGUGCCUCGAAAGGUAUCUGAGCUAUGGCUCCGGUCCUAAGAGGAUCCCCCUGGCCGAUGUCCUGCAGUAUGCUAUGGAGUUCGCCUCCAGCAAAGCCUCCUGCACCUACCCUGCGGAGGACAGUCACACAGCAACCCCAUCUGGUGGCUCAGCAUCACCACUGCAGGCCACAUCCAGCGAGGCUGAACAUGAUGCGUCCGGUUCUUCAGAGCCCCCCACUGCCAUGGAGACCCAAUUGUGUGUGAGUGUGCACAAGCCUGCCAUGAACCCCGCCCCCCGCCAUGCUACAGAGGAGGAGCUACAAGUACUGCAGGCCUGUCUGCACCGCUGGAGGGGCGAGGUGGAUACCGAUACCCAGGCCCUGCAGGGGAGCGUCUCCCGGAUACUCAGGAUCAUGGAGCUCAUGUAUACGGACAAGACUAUGAUGCAGGUGCCGUAUCGGCUGCAUGCGGUUCUGGUCCAUGAGGGCGAGGCGAGUUCCGGGCACUACUGGGCGUAUGUCUACAGCCUGCAGCACCGUGGCUGGAUCAAAUACAACGACAUCGCCGUCACCGCCUCCUCCUGGGACGAGCUGAUGCAUGACUCCUUUGGAGGCGACCGCAAUGCCAGCGCGUACUGCCUCAUGUACGUCAACGACAAAAAGCCUUUCCUGCUCGAAGAGGAUUGCGAUGAGGAGAGGGGGCAGGUUCAGAGAGGGGUGGACUCACUGCCCCAGGACCUCAGGGAGUACGUGACACAGGACAACCUAAGGUUUGAGAGCGAGCUGGCGGAGUGGGACGCAGCACAUGCCCAGACGUCCCGCCAAGAUGCGCCGUCAGCCUCGCCCCAACCUGGGAGCUCGGAGCCUCACCUCUCCCAGAGCACAGCCCUGCAGCAGGACCCACAACACGUUGAGCAGCGCCCCCUGCUGGAUGACUGCAGGCUCCAGCGAGAAGAGACAGAAAGGGCCAUCUCCCAUGCUGCCGCCCAGCUCCCGGGCAGGAGUGCAGAAGUGCUGCUGUCUGCUGCGAUCAGAGCGGAGUAUGCCCGGCUCGUGCAGCUGGCCCGGGAGAGUACGGCCCCCAAGAGUGACCACCGGCUCAGACACCCCCUCGUCUACUUCGUCAAGAACGAGGCGCCCAAGAGCGUCCUGGAAAGGACUCUGUUCGAGCAGUUCGCUGACCGCAACCUUAGGCUGGACGAUCGAUGUAAGGCGGUGGUGAGAGUGGCGCGUGUCAAGCUAGACCUCCUCAAGACCAAAGAGGCACGUAGAGAGGAGUACGAGAUGUGGCACCGGGACUAUCGGAAAUUCAGACAUAUGACCGUCUUCUUGCUCACAGGCGUAGAGCUGUUCCAGAAGAGGAGCUACGCAGAGGCCCUGGUGUACCUGGUAUUUUCUUCCCAGUACAACAAAGAGCUGCUCUCAAAAGGUCCCCACCGUGGCCACGACCAGAAGAUGCUGGCCCAUUACAGGAGGGUGUGCCUGCUGGAGCUGAAUGACCAGGCGGCCGCCAUGUUCGAGACAGGUGACGCAGGAGAGGUCAGCAAGGCGCUGAACAUCCUCUCUGACCUGGUGGUGCCAUGCCUGCCUCUCCUCCUGUCUGACGAGGCACAAAAGGUUGACGUUGCCGCCGCGGAGGACAUGAGGAACAGAUGGUGUUCCUACCUAGGCCAGGAGAUGGACCCCUCUCUUCAGAAGAAGCUGACCGAUGUCCUACCAAAGCUGCUGGACUGCCCAGCAGAGACGGUCAAUUUCCAGGCACCACCCCAGAUCCCCUCCUACUCCACCCUGGAGCUGUGUGAGCAUUUCUCACAGGUUACAGCCUACCUGCAGAACUCCGCCCAUGCUGGGAGCUGAGCCUCAUGCCCAGCCUGGGGUCACACCUCUCUCUCUGCCCAUGCCUUACCUACAGAAGGGUGUUGUCUCUCUAACUAUUCUUCACCUGGACCGUUUUGCUUUAUUUUGUUUCUGUGAGUUAUUAUUAUUACCACAUUUCUGCAGCACAGGAAGGGAUUGUAAGCAAAAGCGAUGGAUGAUAACUUAAGUUCUGAAAGGUAAUUGUUUUGUUUGGUUCUGAUGCCCCUCUGUUAUAGAGUUUUAUUUUUUUUCUAAAAGAGGAAAAUGAUUUUUAUUUUCUGAAUGGUUUCGUAUUUGGAGUGUAACUCUCCUGGCCCUGAGGGCUGCCGUGCUGUGAGCUGCUGAGUCAGUCAAUGGCGUUCUGUGGCCUGUUAAUAAGCCAGGGGAAUAAAGUUUUAUU